CUUCUAAUCUUUGGAAAUGUAGAAAAUUAUAUACUUGAAAGAUAACUCGCAAUGCGCGGGGUUUAAAAAUUGCUAGGGAAAUUCUAUUUAUAACAGAUGCUUUUGUAUUUCUUGGACAAUAAAUAAAGAGAGACUUGAAAAUGCAUUCUGCUAUUGCUUUUUCAAUUGUUUUAUGUUUGAGUUUUGGCUCUGCGUGCAUGGAUGACUUUGAUGAAAUAAAUUAUUUGCAGGAAGAAAAUUCUUCUCAUCAACAAAAUGCGAAACAAGAAUGUGACCUUCAUCAAAAGCCAGUGGAUUGUGCGGAGAUUUUUGAAAAUGGCUUCCGGAAAAGUGGCAUAUACCAAGUUUACCCUAAAAGCAAGAAUAUAGGAUGUUCUUCAUUCAAAGUCUAUUGUGAUAUGGAAACAGAUGGCGGAGGAUGGACGGUAAUUCAAAGAAGAGGUGAUUUUAAAAGACCAAUUGAUUUUUUUUAUAAGACUUGGAAGGAGUACAAGGAGGGAUUUGGAAGUUUAAGAAGAGACUUUUGGCUAGGAAAUGACUUCAUCCAUGCCUUGACUUACCAAAAGAGGUAUUCUGCUCGUUUUGAUUUGGGAACAGAUAAUGAGACUGCUCAUGCACUUUUCGAUAAUUUUUGGAUUGAGGAUGAAGAUUAUAAAUACAAAUUGCACAUAAAUGAUCACAGUGGAACUGCAGCUGAUUCUAUGGUACAUCACAAUAACGGGAUUUUUUCGACAAAGGACAAGGAAGCCCAGAAGAACUGCGUAAAAGAGUUUAAAGGAGGAUGGUGGUAUCAGCCUCAGCCUGUAUGUUAUUCGGCUAAUUUAAAUGGUCUGUAUUUGAAAGGCUAUCAUAAAAAGCCCAUGUGGAAUGCCACAAUAUGGGUACAUUGGAAAGGACCUUUAGUUUCUUUAUCUACUGUUGAAAUUAAAAUUCGACCAAAGGAUUAUUAAAUAAAAUUUUUGCAACGUCUAUCUUAAUAACAGAAUGUACAUUUAUUUACAGUCUGAGCAUUUACAUUUACCCAUGCACUAGAUUUUCUGUAUUAAUUUAUAAUGAGUUCUUACAUAAUGAUUUUCUUAUGAAU